AUGGAUGAGGUACUGGCUUCGGUUGCUGAGACAACAAAGAACUUUGCGGUUAUAUACCUGGUGAACAUCACAGAGGUGCCCGACUUCAAUACAAUGUAUGAGCUGUAUGACCCAUCAACGGUGAUGUUCUUUUUCAGGAACAAACACAUAAUGAUUGAUCUUGGCACCGGAAACAACAACAAGAUCAACUGGGCUUUAAAGGACAAGCAGGAGUUCAUCGACAUUGUCGAAACAGUGUAUCGUGGGGCCAGGAAGGGACGUGGUCUGGUCAUUGCACCCAAAGACUACUCCACUAAGUACCGCUAUUAAGCCCUUGAGCUACUUCUUGUUCCAUUGCAAACUGUUUUAUAAAUCAAAAACAUGUUUGUAUUAAGCUUGGAAUUCUAAUUGGGUGAAUAUGUGGAGGAUAUCGUAUGUACAAGUACUCUCUGUUAGGCUUUUGCCUUUUCAUUGGAUGUCUGGGCAUGGAUCAAGUACUCUCUGUUAGGCUUUUGCCUUUUCACUGGAUGUCUGGGCAUGGAUCGACCAUGUAUUGCUAUCUAAAACAUAUCAGCACUUUAUCUGGCAACUCACUGGAGCAUGUUAGUCUGCAUUUGUAUGUAUAUAUUUUCAUCGUCUGCUUUUCUCAUUA